AAAACAAAUGGUGUGAAUCCCAAACAUAUAGUAAUAGUAAUAAAAUUGAUGACAAGUUAUCACACAAACUAUGGCUAACAUCGACGACAACAAUACUAACGAUAACAACGAGAGGACAGUUAGCCAUCAUAUAUGUCAUACAACUACUACUACUACUACUAGUAAUAAUCAAAUUGAUAACCAAAUCAUCUAUACAUCCAUAUUAUGAGAAGCAAUACUAACUAUAAUACUAACAAUGCAUUUACACAUUGAACGUAUUGGUAGGCCGUCGUCCUAUUCGGACAGUAACAUACUGUCCCUGUCAUGGAUGGGCAAAGUACCCGACGGUCUACUACAGGCCAACAACUCAAACAACAACAAUAAUAAUAACAACAACAACAACAACGGGGUGUCCGCGACCUCAGCGGCAGCCGCUGAUGAUGACGGCUGGAAACUGAAUCGCCAAAACUACUAUCAGGACGGUUGGCUCGGGUCGGGCAAUACCCGCGGUAUUGUUGGCGUUACCUAUACUACUAGCCGAUCGCGUUUGUCGACCGCCGCUAAACCAACUACCACCGGGCCAUCGGCAGCUGCAGCUGCAGCGGCCACGGCAACAGCUGCAGCGGCCGCCGCAGCAGCCACGGAACUACCGCCGCGUACCAACUAUAACCUACGGGGGCAUCGAUCGGAGAUAACUCUGGUCAAGUGGAAUGAACCCUAUCAGAAGUUGGCCACUUGCGACAGUACGGGUAUCAUAUUUGUUUGGAUCAAAUACGAGGGUCGGUGGUCAAUCGAGUUGAUCAACGACCGCAAUACACAGGUUACCGAUUUUUCGUGGUCACACGACGGCCGUAUGGCCUUGAUAUGCUAUAUGGACGGAUUUGUAUUGGUCGGAUCGGUUAGUGGCCAACGUUACUGGUCGUCGAUGCUCAAUCUGGAUAGUUGUACGAUUAGUUGCGGUAUUUGGUCGCCCGAUGACCAGAUGGUCAUAUUUGGUACAUCAAGUGGCCAUAUACUCGUUAUAGAUGUCCAUGGUACAAUGGUCGCCCAGGUAUCCAUACAGGAAGGUAUAGCCAUUACCCAUAUGUGCUGGUCGUGCGAAAAGUUCAAAAUGGACGACACGGAUGACCAGCAGCAGCAGCAACAGCUGCUGCUGCUGAAGACCAACAACAACAACAACAUCAAUGGUAGCACUUCCGAGACCAACACUACCGGCAACGCCUCCACCACUGCCACCGCCGCAGCCGCUAAACUACCCGUACACUCGCUGGCCGUUACCUUUAUCGAGGGUACCAUCUAUAUCAUGCAAAACUAUGACGACUUGUUUCCGAUUAUCAUCCGAUCGCAGCUGUUGUCCACCAAAAUUGAGUGGUCAAACAAUGGCGAACUGUUGGCCAUUGCCGGCCAUCAGAUCAGGGAAUCACGAUUGGAUCCGCUAAGCGGUGACCAUUCGUUUACCUAUCGUAAUGUCCUGAUGUUCUAUACAUAUACCGGUCAAUUGAGACUCCGCUACGAACUGGAGUGUCAACAAUACCCGAUUACGGCCAUAACAUGGGGUCAUUCGGACAAACGACUGUUCAUAGCUACCGGUCCUGUACUAUAUAUUGCAUGGAUAACCAAACGUAUACCCACUUUACAGUUACUGUCCAAACUGUCCAUAUAUGGUUGUCUGGCACCGGGUGCCGAUGACAAAUGUACCGAUCAAUUGCCACUACCCGGGCGUUUGCAGUCAUCAGUGGCCCAACUAUUUCAUCCGACUCUACAGUGCUAUCUACCCGAUCUGACCCAAUUGCGUGAUUUUGUAUCGAAACCGCCCGACAAUAAUACCCGAUUGCACUGUACAAUGAUACGGCACGAAGAGGACGACUAUCUGACCAGCAGUACAACCUAUAUACUGUAUCUGGAAUAUCUUGGCGGACUCGUACCGAUACUCAAGGGUAAACGGGCCUCAAAAUUGAAACCCGAAUUUGUUAUCUACGAUCCGCAACUCGAUAGGCCGGCCACUACCACCACUACCGGCAGUGGCCAAUCGUCGGGUGGAUCGACACCGUACGCCACCUCAUCGGAGGACAGCGAAUGCGACGACCCGUUUGGCGUCGGCGGUGGCGGCAGCGGCGCCGGUAGUCAACAAUCGCCAUCGACUAGACGUAGACGUCGGCGCUUUCGUCAUCACUUUCAGCGGCGGUCGUCGCGCAACAACAACAACAACAGUAGUAACGAGUCGUCCAAUACGUCCUUAACGUCAAACACCGGUAGCACUGGUGGCGGCGGGUCGUCAUCAUCGGCGGUAUCGGCGACGUCGCCCCACAAAUACCCGGACGAACUGCCCGAACACGAAAAGCUAGUAUUGGUUACAUCCAAUAUAUGGGGUACCAAAUUCAAGAUACUUGGCCUCAGCGAUUGGCUACCGUCCCAAUUGGGCUCAAUUACCUAUCGGACCAGUCUAUUGCAUCUACAGCCACGGCAGAUGACACUGUCGAUCAAAGAGUUGGGCGAAAAACGGGGCGCCGAUCCGUCGUAUCCAUCCUAUUGUUGUUCACCGAUUAAAGGCUACGAAACCAAUAAUAAUAAUAAUAACGGAUCGAUGAUAAUGAUGUCAUCGGACUCGGAGGACGAAGCGGCCAUGUCCUAUAUGAUGGACAUGGAUUCAAGUGUACCCAUUGCACCGAUGACACCGUUCAAAAGUAGUCUACUGGCCAACAAUAAUACCGGCAAUGCCAACAACAAUACUAAUAAUAAUAUGUUGUUGUUUGGCGGCCAAAACAACCGGACAACUGUAUCGCCCGAAAAGCGGCCAACCUAUCAGUUUAGUAGCCGAUCGGUCAAUGAUUUUACUACAGGAGCCGCCGCUGCUGCCGCUGCCGCAGCCGCGGCCAGUGGUGAAGAGUUUCUGACAUUACAAAUACACGGCGACCUACACUAUCUGGAGAUGAGUAGCGGCAGCGGCAGCGGUCCGUCAUCGACAGUACAUCCGAUUCCCAGUACGGCUACCACUACGACAACAGUCAAACCAACGAUGACAACGACUGGUGGUCCCAACACCGCCAACAACACCGCCAUAUCAUCGACAAUAUCGACGCAAACCAGUUUCCAGUCGAUUACCGAUUUACUAAACUCGUUGACAGCCCUGGAAAAGACAACUCAGACACUGUUUUCGCCGAUAAUUGAGUCCAAAUCGGUUGUCGCUCCUGUUGUCAGUGAUCAUCACUACUACCACAAUCAUCAUCAUCAGCAGCAGUCAUCGGCUGACGACUCGUUUAGCCGAUUGGCUGCCAAACGUUUUACAGCCGCCGCCGCCGAACUACCCGUUAGUUAUUAUUCGCUAAAUAGUGUUGGCGGCGGCGGCGGUAAGUGUCCAUUGGAACCGUUGCACCAUUCAAUGGCACUGAUCAAUCUGAACAACAACAACAGUGAUCAUUGUCACCACAAGACAUCCACUACCGCCAACACUACACCCGAUUCGCCAAACGUUUCGCCGCCAAAAUCCAUGCGCUAUAAGAUUACCCACAAAAAGGAAAGUCCCCGCAAAUCAAGUGUUUCGUGUAUUGAAUCCGAUUUGACUACGGCUGCCGCCCAACAGAGUCGCCGCUCUGAAUCAACUAACGGCGCGGCCACCACCAAUGUUACCACUAUUGUGGCCGCUAAAUAUGCAGCGGUAACGGCGGCGUCAGUAUCCAGUCCUAAACAUCAACGCCGUGGAAUCGGCGGCGGCGGUUAUUCUACUAGUUUCGGUGGUGGUGUUGCCACCGCUGCUUCCGCAUCGCCGACAUCGGUAAUGGCCAGUACUGGCACGUGGGGCGCACUAUCGGCACUGCAUUCGGAGUCGGCUAUUGACCAGAAAUCGCUGAUCACCUCAACAACAACAACAACGACAAACGAUUUUCGUUAUAUCGACGACAUCGAUACCGAAGCCACCGACAGUGCCGCCGCCGACUCGUUGCUGUUGUCGCGGCAACCGUCUGUAGUCGGCUAUCAAAAGUGUCGUACCAUUACCUCUACCGCUACGGCCGCCGCCGCCGCCGCCGCCGCUGCCACCGGUCCUCACACUAGUUAUAGUCAAACUAAUAGCAGUAAACAGCGUCGGCUAACAUUGAAAGCCCCGACACCACCACCACCACCAACAACAACAACAAUAAAACAGUGCCAUAAUAUUGAUGCCCAUCAUAACCAUCAUAACCAUCAUCAUCAGCAACGACACAAUCAUCCAAACUCUUGUCCAAACAACCGAUCAUUUGACGAAACAGAUACCGAAGCCGAUAACGACUAUCCGGACUAUUGUGAUAAUACUGUCGCCGCCGCCGACUCCUCUUCAUAUGUGACCACCAAAUGUCUAGCCAUGAAACCCAAUACUAAUAAUAAUAGUAAACUUAAGGACAAAAAGUUUUUGUUGACCACAACCACAACCACCACGGGUUCAUCCAAUACCAGUGUCUUCAGCAGCUGCUCAACAAAUCAGUGCUCAAACCAUCGCCCGAUGAUGACUACUACUACCACUACUAACAGUUGUUCCGUACAGACAACAACACCAUCGUCAUCGACAUCGUUAUCGUCGGCGUCAUUAUCGGCCGAUUUGUUUGAUAAGAUAGCAUCGCUGGCGUCGAUGACCUCACGUUCAAGGAGUACGUCCCGUACGGACAUCAACAACACUGAUCCGCCGCCGCCGCCGCUGCUAUUAUCCGCGCCGCCAGCACUGGUCCAUAAUAGGCCGCCCUAUUUGAACAGACAUCGGGGUAGUCUACCGCACGCACUGUUGGCCACCACCGCCGCCACCAGUCCCAGUAGUAUUGAGACUAUUAUGCCGAUGACCGCUACAACACGUGCUAACACUGCGGCCGCCGCUGCCUCGAGUCGGUUGCCGUUAUCGUCGGCAUCGCUUAUCAAUCGUAGUCUACCGGCUUCGCCACUGUUGGGCGUCGCCGCCCGUCAACAACAAACGCAACAACAAAAGAGGCGCACAUCUCAGGGCAAGAGUCUACUGUAUAGUCCAAUGAUGUUAAAGAAAGUAAUGAAACAAAAACUAAACUAUUUGGACUGUAGUUCCGAAACGGAUCAGACCAGCGAUGAUGACGACGACGACGACAACGAUGUCUACAUCGAUGGUCAUCAUCAACAACAACACCAACACCAACAGCCAGUAAUGGACAACAACAACAACAAUGAUUACCAGAAUCUUGAAUCGUUUCAGCGGCGGAACCACUUCUUGGCGAAGAAAAAUAAAUUCAAAAUGAAACGCCGUAACAGUCGUGUGAAACCCAGAGGCGGCGAAUCAUCGAAAGAGGACGACCUGAACGGUAGUGGCAGUGGCCGACAUCGGGAAACCUAUCGUGAGUUUACAUUGCAUAAUAAGGCCCCCCUUUGGAAUGAGGUCAGCCAAGUCUAUCAAUUGGAUUUCGGCGGUCGGGUUACACAGGAAUCGGCCAAAAAUUUCCAAAUUGAAUACCAGGGCAAACAGGUUAUGCAAUUCGGCCGAAUUGAUGGCAAUGCCUAUACAUUGGACUUUCAAUACCCGUUCAGUGCAUUACAGGCACUGGCCGUUGCAUUGGCUAACGUUACCCAACGUUUAAAGUGACCCCCCUCCUGAUCA